AUGCAUGCAACUACCCAUCAGAGCGCCCAUUUCCUGCUUCGUCAGCUCGAAUCAGAGUGGUGCGAUACCGAGCUCGAGUUCACGAGGGAAUGUGGCCUCUGGGGUCCCGACCAAGACCCUCUAGAUGCCUCGGGCUUACAAGCUUUGGCUCGCUGGGAGCUUAGUCCCACCGAAGGACCCUUUCGGAUCCGAAAACGGAUGCUGCCGAACCGCAAUUUCUACUCUCGUUACGCAUACCGAAGCAAUCUCGUAUUGGCUAAUCAGGCAAAAAUGAACUUGCAUGGCCAGAAGCAGGUCGCUUAA